UACUAUACGAGUACAAGACUUUUUUGUAACGUCACUGGAUUUCCAACGCCAUCUAUUACUUGGAAAUUUCACAAUAGAGUGUUGCAAUCAUCUGGAAACAACAUUUUAGUGCAGAAUGUAACGAACGCAACGGUUGGAUAUUAUACUUGUAUUGCAAGUAACGAUGUGGGAACUAAUCAAGUUAAUAUAAAGCUCGAAGCAAAUUACGAUACACCUAAGAUAGUAACGACACCUCAAACAGCCGUUAUUAUGGUUGGACUGUCACACAAUUUUACCUGUAUGGCAACUGGACAUCCGAUACCUUCAAUAUCAUGGUCCUUCAAGUCCUUCGCGCAAGAGUCCACAACAAUGCCUUCCCACCACGUUCACCUCAAUGGACACAUGUUGACUUUAUUUGCUGUCAAAACACUUCAAUCAGGAACUCUAACAUGCACAGCAGUGAAUGAGUUUGGACAAGCUACAGCUUCAGCCACAGUUGUUUUCAGAAAUCCUGGCGCUUCAAGUUUCGGAUAAUCAAAACAACAAUUGAUGGACACGGCUCAAUGACGUCACGAUAUUUAACAAAA